CUGCAGAUGUUCGGCUGUGGAUCUGUGGCUCAGGUGGUCCUUAGUAAAGGCUCCCAUGGUCAGUUCUUGACUGUUAAUCUGGCUUUUGGUUUUGCCGUCAUGCUGGGUAUUCUGAUCGCCGGACAAGUUUCAGGUGGACAUUUGAACCCAGCUGUGACCUUUGCCCUGUGUAUCAUAGCACGGGAACCGUGGAUCAAGUUUCCUGUAUACACCUUCGCACAGACCCUAGGUGCCUUCCUUGGAGCAGGCAUCGUGUAUGGCUUGUAUUAUGAUGCCAUCUGGUUUUUCGCCAAUGACCAACUCUAUGUAAUGGGCCCCAACGGCACUGCUGGAUUUUUGCCACCUUCCCAACAGAGCAUCUGACCCUCAUGAAUGGUUUCUUUGACCAGUUUAUUGGUACCGCUGCUUUGGUGCUCUGUGUCUUGGCCAUCGUUGACCCUUUCAAUAACCCCAUCCCCCGUGGUUUGGAAGCCUUCACUGUUGGCUUUGUUGUCCUUGUCAUUGGAUUGUCCAUGGGCUUCAACUCUGGAUAUGCUGUCAACCCUGCCAGGGACUUCGGACCACGCCUGUUCACAGCUAUAGCUGGAUGGGGUUCAGAAGUCUUCUGGGCCGGUGAUCAGUGGUGGUGGGUCCCCAUAGUGUCACCUUUACUGGGUUCCUUUGCCGGAGUCUUGGUCUACCAGCUGAUGAUUGGCUGUCACCUGGAACCCCCACCCGAGUCGACCGAACAAGAAAAUGUCAAGUUGGCCAACGUGAAACACAAAGAGAGAAUCUAA